UACGUUUAUUACUGUUAGAAGCAUCAGAUUCAUUACUGAUCAAUUAUUAACCAAGAUUAGUAACCAACUUUUUCAUUAUUCUCAUAAUCCAGUAACUGCUUAGCCUGUGAAGUUCUGUUGUCAAAUAAGUGAAAUAUUUAUCAGGAUCCGUGAUUAAACAUGUCAGAACCUAAUACCGAUCACAUUGACUCCGUAGAAGAAGAAUUAGAAGUGGAAUCUAACUACAAACCCCCUCCAGAAAAAACGAUAGAACAAAUCCUAGAAACAGAUAAAGAAGAUGAAAGUUUACGCAAAUAUAAAGAAACUCUUUUGGGAGAAGCAAAGUCUGGUGGUGUUGUUGUAGAUCCAAAUGAUCCCAGGAAAGUAAUAGUAAAAAAGUUAGCGCUGUGUGUAGCAGAUCGGCCAGAUAUGGAAUUAGAUUUAACAGGUGACCUCUCUCAGUUAAAGAAACAGACAUUUGUAAUAAAAGAAGGUGUUAGCUACAGAAUCAGGAUUGACUUCAUUGUUCAACGUGAAAUUGUGCAUGGCCUAAAAUAUGUUCAAAAAACCUAUCGUCUUGGAAUGCCAGGUGUCACAGUGGAUAAGAUGAUGCAUAUGGUGGGUUCUUAUCCUCCAAAAACGGAAAUUCAAUCAUAUACAACGCCAACGGAGGAUGCGCCAGCUGGAGUAAUGGCACGUGGUUCUUAUAGUGUAAGCUCUUUGUUUACUGAUGACGACAAACACGAACACCUAAAGUGGGAAUGGUCAUUUGAAAUUAAGAAAGACUGGAAAGAGUAAGCUCCCUUUUAUAAUGGGAAGCCCUACAACGAUCGCAAUUAAAAUAAAAAUGCCAAAAGGGACUCUAAUUUUUAUAGAUAUUCAGUCAUACUGCGAUGCCAUAACUGUAUUUUUUAAGUAAUAAGAGAAAGAGUAACAUUGA